GAGAGAGAGAGAGAGAGAGAGAAGUUGGUAUUGAAUUUUUGGCAGGGGGGGGCUCUUUUUCAUUGCAGUGUGUCUUUUUGGUGGCUUUCGAAAGAGAAAAAAGAUAGAAACAACACAGAGAUAGACAAAAGAAAGGAAAUAGAAACAUGGGAAAGAGCAAACACCAAAUCCCUCUCUGUUAUCUAAUCCACACUCCAACUUCUUCUUCUUCUUUUUCUUUUUAAAAUACCCACUUCCUUUUUUAUUGUUUUAUUUCCAUGCUCUGCUAUUUUGCUUCCUUUAAUUCGACUUCCAGAGAAGAAAAUCGUUAUUGUGGAAAAAAAUGGUGACUGGUUGGAGAAGAGCUUUCUGCACAUCGAUCCCGAAAGACAGACAGUCUAAAGUUCUGAAAGAGAAACAGCAACAUUGCGACAACUCGAGUACCAACCAGAGUCCCAAAAUCAGCUCCAAGUUUGGGUUUUUCUCCAACCCAUCUACGCCUAGAUUGCAAUCUCAGCCUGUUUCUAGUCCCAGCCUCCGAUGCCGAACCACCGCAAACACACCCACUUCGUCUUUGCCCAAUAGCCCAAAGCUCCAAUGCAACGUCUCUGUAACUCCGACCAAGAACAACAUCAACAACAACAACAGCCCAAGAUUGUUUCAGCUCUCCAAUCCUUCAUCUCCCAAAUCGCCUUCAAGCUUCUCGCUACUCAAAUCCAGUUUACGGCUUUCCAAAAGUAGGUGUGGAAUCUGUUUGCAGAGCGUGAAAGCUGGUCAAGGAACAGCCAUUUUCACGGCCGAGUGUUCGCAUUCGUUUCAUUUCCCUUGCAUCGCUUCGCACGUCAAGAAGAACCAAAUCUUGGUGUGCCCUGUUUGCAAUACAAGCUGGAAGGAACUUCCUUUGCUCUCUCUUCACCAUACUCACAAUAUUAUUCCACCAACCGGAGUGAAUACUAAUAAUAAUAAGACCAGAGAACCAUCCAAGCUCAGAGAAGUCAAAACCAAGUCUCUGAGAGUCUACGACGAUGACGAACCACUCAUGUCUCCUACUUCCGGAGCUCGGUUCAAUCCCAUACCCGAAUCCGACGAGAACGAAUCCGAACAAGGUGACGAUGAAAACGGCGCCGUUGAGUUCCAAGGUUUCUUCGUCAACUCCGCUUCGACCCCUCGUUGUAUUGCACAUAACUAUAUGAACAUCAGAAACGUUGAAGUGAGACUGUUGCCAGAGGCGGCGGUUGUGACUGUCGGGAGGAGCUAUGAGACUUACGCGGUGGUCUUGAAAAUCAAAGCUCCGCCGUUUCCGGCAGCCAUUGGCGGCGGGACGGCGUCGUCGUUGCUGAAUCCGGCGAGUCGUGCACCGAUUGAUCUGGUGACGGUUCUUGAUGUGAGUGCGAGCACGAACGGUGCCAGGCUCCAAAUGAUGAAGCGUGCUAUGCGUUUGGUUAUCUCCUCGCUUUGCUCCACGGACCGCCUAUCCAUCGUCGCUUUCUCUGCAACUUCCAAGAGGUUAUUACCUCUCAGGAGAAUGACCACCAAUGGUCGAAGAUCGGCCCGCCGGAUCGUCGACGCCAUCGCUGGCGUCGGCCAGGGUAUGUGUGUCAACGACGCGCUCAAGAAGGCCGCGAAGGUUCUCGAAGAUCGGCGCGAGAAGAACCCAGUCGCCACGAUCAUGCUUCUAUCGGAAGGUCACGACGAUCUCGGCUCCGGCCCCGGCAAUCAGAAGCAGCGAUCGUCCCCCGUCGUGUCAUCCACGCGCUUCACUCACAUGGAUAUCCCCGUGCACACCAUCGCAUUCAAUGAUAGCGCCGCUUGCGGCCACGCGCCGUCGGAGGACGUGUUCGCCAAAUGCGUUGGCAGUUUGUUGAGCGUGGUGCUUCAAGAUCUUAGGCUUCAAUUGGGGUUCGCGACCGGUUCGUCUCCAGCCCAGAUUGCGGCGGUUUAUUCACUCACUGGUAGACCGGCGGCGCUUGGUACCGGUUCGGUCCGGCUCGGUGAUCUUUAUGCCGAGGAAGAGAGGGAGCUUCUGGUGGAAAUGAAAGUACCCACUUCUUCCUUCGGGGCCCACCACGUGCUGUCCGUACGAUCAACCCACAAAGAUCCAACGACUCAGGAGCUCGUGUAUUCCAACGCUCAGACGCUGCUCGUUCCUAGGCCCCAUGCCGUCCGAUCAUCUUCCCCGAAUAUCGAACGGUUAAGAAACCUCCACGUCGCUACUCGAGCCGUGGCUGAAUCUCGCCGCUUAGUCGAGCACAACGAUCUGUCUAGCUCUCAUCACUUGCUGACGUCGGCUAGAGCCUUGCUGCUUCAGUCUAGCUCGGCUUCAGCCGACGAAUACAUACGCGGCUUGGAGGCUGAGCUGUCCGAUCUUCACCGGCGUCGACAGCAACAAUUACUGAACCAAAGACAGAGAGUUAACGGACGGGAAUUGAAUCGGACAAACGAAAACCCCGACCCGCUUACGCCGACUUCGGCUUGGCGAGCCGCCGAAAGAUUAGCUAAACUGGCUAUCAUGAGGAAGUCAAUGAACAGAGUCAGCGAUCUGCACGGCUUCGAAAGCGCCAGAUUUUAGGGUUUUUUUUUUUUUUUUUUGGUGGUUAUUUUUUUUAAAAUAUUUUGUAAUACAGAAAAAAAAAUAUUUUUGAAUAUAUAUCCCAAAAAAAAAAAAAGUUUUUGUAUUUUUCGAAAAGAGAAAAAAAUGAGCAGAAAGGGGUAAAAAGAAAAAGGAAAAUGAUUGAAAAUGGAGGGCCCAGGCCCAUAAUGAGGACAAGCAAUACCCGACGGUUAGGCCCUUUUCUGCAGUGUAUAGGAGAGUACCCUACAUGAGUUGAUUGAGCAGUGUGGCUGUCUCUUUAUUUGUCUUCA